GAGUUAGAUCUCGGAAUGGACAACAACAUAUCGAUGAAUCGAGUUCACACGACUCCCGGCUUCUCUCUCGUUAUCAAAAACUUCGAUGAUUCCGACACUGGAAUUUAUCGCUGUCACGGUCCGAAUGGCGAGGAAGAGGAAAAUAAAUACAACUACAGGCUCGAGGCCGUCCACAAGCCAAACGAAGACGUUGAAGUUUCCAGAGGAAACAUCACGGAUUGGGAAAAAUACCGAGAAGUUUAUCUUCAGCCUGUGACGGAUAGAUUCGCAGUAUCGAGGAUUAACGAGUUCGUGGAAAUUCGUGAGGCAGGUGUAGUCUUGGAAUUGGUCUCAGUAUGGACUCCCUGGGGCCCCUGCGAACGUUGUGUAAACAAAAAGGGCAUUAAAAGUAGCAGGGGUCAAUGCCGAGUAAAGCGACGUUUCACUAUUCGAGUAAAAUUCUUUCAUAUUUGCUUAUUGAAAAAACAAAUUAAGCUACGAUAUCACAGGGGGGGGGGGGGGGGAAUGCAUCAUACAAAAAUGAAAAGGUCGGAAUUUUUGGCCGUCCAAUUCCCCCUCGUGAGUAAAGCGACGAGAGAUUUGCCGGAGUUUAUACUCGAGGAAAAAUGCAAAGACUGUGUCCGCGUCAAAGUUACGAAGAGGAACGAUUUCAAGUACAAAAAACGUUACACAUUGGCGCAGGGAGCACACCUAACCAUAGUCUGUCCUGACGCGACGCACGAGACUAUGGUUGUUUGGCGCAAGGAUUCUCUCGUAUUGAAAAAAGGAAUGGGACGAUCUUUUCGAAGGAAAGACGCCGAGCCGAGAGUUCUCGUCGAUACUUUCUCGACUCUUUAUUUAAUCGAUGUUUCGAUCGACGAGGAAGGGAAUUACACUUGUUACGCUGAUAACGUCAAAAUGUUGCAGGUCCAAAUUCGUGUUUUCUCGAAAUCACGGCUAUUGACACAGGCGUUUCUCCGGCACGUGGGCUAUUUGGGAUUCAUAUUUUUACUGACAUCGUUUUGCUACUGCGGCGGCCUAAUCAUCGUGUGCAGAGAAAAGGACAAGUUCAAAAUAAAAAAUAUCGAAGAUGUCGAAAACGAUUGAGAACAAGAAAUUCCGUUUUACGUCAUUUGCCACCUCGAUUUUCGUUUUUUUUUUCUUUCUUUUAUCAAUUGCUUUAAUAAGUUACGAUAAUAAAAGUUGAUAAAAUUAACAA